AUGUAUGUGACAAAAGAACUGAACAUGUCUGAGCAAACAUCCUCAUCUCAAGUGUCAUCCCUUCCCCUUCCCCCCAUGCAGUAUGUAAACUUGUUCACAGAAGAAAACAUAAAAAGAGGACGUGCACCAAAACCACCUCCUCCUGUUGAAGAUUCAUACACCAUGUUUGGCACCACUUACCAUGCUGAUGAUGCAAUCGUGAGACCUCUGGAAAGUCAGGGAAUUCGACGUCUAUACCCGCAAAAUUAUGAUCAUAAAAAGGAGUUGAAGAAGUUGAAUUAUUCUAUUCUGGUGAACUUCCUUGAUCUGUUGGACAUCCUCAUCAAAUGUCCAGAGGCACCUAAAAGAAAAGAAAAGAUUGAAGACAUCAAUCUUCUCUUCAUCCACAUGCACCACUUGAUAAAUGAAUUUCGUCCUCAUCAGGCUCGGGAGACCCUUCGUGUUUUGUUAGAAGUUCAAAAACAGCAACGCUUGGACAUAGCUCACAAAUUUGAGACACAUCUGGAGAAGGUGCAGACAUUGCUCCAGAAUGCCAUUUCAAAUCUUUCAGACUCUGAUGAGUUUGACAUGGAUAGUAAACUUUUUGUCCCUAUUGAGGCAAUGGAAUUGGACAAUAAUGAUGAUGUGAAUGCAAGGAAUGAUGAAGAAGAGGAAGGUGGAGCUUGUUCUAGAGAGGACUUACUGAUGUGCCACAUUGUGGAUUCCCUAUGA